AUGGAAAGAGUUGAUAUUCUCAUGGUUACAAUGGCUCUGACAUUGCUAGCAUUGGUGCCAAAAACAGAGAGCCAUGUCGGAGCUGAAGGCCAUGUUGUUCCUCGCCCACUCUGCGCAUCACAAUUCGCACUGGUCAACUACGCCUGCGGAAGGCUUCCGUUCUCACCAGGGGUCCCACCUGCACCCGUGCCUGCUCCACCGUCUCCUCCGUCCCCUGAUGACGAGCGCAGUCACCGCCACCGCCAGGGACAUGGUGGCGGUGGUCAUGGGCACGGACACCGCCACAGGCACCACCGGGAGAGCACUCCCGAUGAGGAGAACUGUUGCCGAUGGGCCAAGGACGUGGACACACAAUGCGUGUGUGAGCUUCUUGUUCACCUGCCUCCUUUCCUUGUUAAACCUGCGCAUCAGUACACACUCAUUGUCGGAGAAGAAUGCCAAAUCACUUACUCUUGCGGUGGCCCUAUCUGA